AUGGAAUCGAAACAAAGCAGCAACGGCUCUGAACAGAACAAUGCCCUCAGUGCGGUACAACAUGGGCCAGAUCAGUACUUUUGCGUUCAAUGCCACCAAUCAAUCGACUCGGACCGGAGGGAUGAACAUGAAGAUUGGCAUUUUGCAAAGCACUUAGAGGCGGAAGACCAAGCUGGCCAUAUGGUCGCAACGGGACAGUCCCAGAUCGGGUCAAAUGUUCCACAACUGGACUUCAAGCAAGGCGUGCCUCCAGAUUAUGCUCCACCAACAUAUCCGCCACCGAGGACUGCCCCCCGCGUGGCAGCAGCAAUUCGCCACCAUACCAAUCAAGUUAUCGAAGCUGCCCAAAUUCGUGCCAGAGAUGAGCAACAAAUGCAAAAUGCUCUACAGAAUCUUCAGUUACAAUAUCAGAUCUACAACAGCGAGAUUGAGCCUGAACACGAGGCAGACUAUUAUUGUAAUUGUCCAAUCCACAAUUAUCAGCGGAUGAAAUUCCGUCGGUAUGGAGUGCAGGAGAUGUGGUCAAACGCAGUCAUGUAUCCUGGUGAGAAGGCGUACAACGAUAACAAUCAGAGUAUCGGGCUGUGGAGCAGAAAUCCUUACAGGCUUCGAGUCGUGUCGCCAUAUGGUUACUAUCAAUCUGCCUGGGGGUUGCAACGACCACGACCAGGAUACCACGCCCAAUCCAUCAAUCAAACCAUCGCCCUUAACAACAGUCUGAAUAUUGAGGCGCAAGCCAACAUUGACGCCAAAGAACCGAAGAUGAAUAUCUGGGACGAUGAGGCUCUUGAUGCCGCAAUGUCCCGAGUCAGCAUCGCAGCGUCCGAUGAUAAGAAGCGGCCAAUCAAGGCUUCCGACACGAAUGUUCCGGAUGAGCAGAAGCAGUCCUCUUCGUCAGGGGAUCGAAGUGCGGAGAAAUCCGUUAGGGUCUCCAGGCUUUCAAGUUUCAGGCAAAGCAUCGGCUUGAAGUCUUCCGAAGAGAAAGUUGCGGCGAAGACACAAAAGUUGACGCUCAAAGGCCGUGAAUUACGCGACGCAAUCAUCGCCGAGGAGAACGGGAGGUGGCCUGAUGAGCAGUGGCGACAUAUCGUCGCGACGUACCAGGACAAGGUUGGCAUGACAAGAAAGAUUGCUGACCUUCGAGCCCGCCAUCCCAUUCAAUACCUCCAUCUGCUCAGAAGUGGCUACUUUGAACCUAUUCCGGUGGCAUGGGCCAAUCAAGCGUCUAACCCACUGAAAUUCAGCAUCGAGGCCGCUGCGGGUUGGAGAGGAAUUACCCCUGCAUGGCGAGGAUACGAGGAUACUGCCGAAGAACGGCUGUACUGGGUCUUGAACCACCGAGAAGGAAGCGUUGGGGUCAGGAUGAAGCCAGACUUUAUUUCCGAGAUAAAUAUGGCUCGGGCUCGAAUGGCCACUGCAGUCGAGCCGCCUCCCGAGUACUAUUCCAGCACCGACACAUGCCAUCUCCAACACACCUCGACCGGAUACUCGAAGCAAGUCAUGCCCUCGCCCUUCUUGGCCUACGAUCGACCAGAAGUAUCGACUGACGACACAAUGAUUCUGUUGGAUGUUUCCGGAUCGAUGGAUUUUGACCCGUUGCGACCAAACUACAACCAGUAUCUCAUCACCGGAUAUUCUCGAUCCACGCAACCAAAAAACAAGGAUGUCGCGAAAGCAAUUAUCCGACGCUUCAGCGAUGCCAUGGCCAAUCACGACCAUGACUUUCGCGGCUAUGAUCUGACUACUUUCUCGAGUUCAGCUAACUAUAUUGGCACCAUCAACAACCAGAAUUUCAAUGAAAUGUGGCGGAAAGUCAGGAUAGGAGGCGGAACACGGGUCAUGACAGGCUGGCAGAAAGUCAAGGAAUUGCAUUUCCAAAAGCACUCCGAGUCAGCAACGCAUCACCCCGUGUACGGAUGGCAAGCCGGGCCCGAGACGCCCAUGCUGCGCUUGCUUCUUCUUCUCGAUGGCGAAGCAACCGACAUGGACGAGUUCGAGCUCGAUCUCCUUGGGCUGUCGUGGGCCCAUGUUACGAUCUUCCUCAUCGGUGUAGACGGAUGUCCACAUCACCAUCGCCACGCCAACGAAUUGCAACGUAUCAGCGACGUCAACCACCAUGUCUCGUUCGUCGAUGCGCAGGGCAAUACGCCCGAGCGUUUUGUUACCCACGAACUCCUCAAGAGACAUUUGGGCUACGAGCUUUCCAUGUCAGAGUUUGAGCAGAUCGAGGAAUUGCCGGGCUACACGGAAUGAUUGAGUUCAAUACUGGCCGGCUCUGGAAGGCUAAUCGACUGUUGAGAGGCUGUGCUGUGGUUCAAGCCAUUAGAGCUGGUUUAGGUGCUUCGUACGUUCGCCAAACCAUGAGCCUAGCGGGCUUUGUG